AACACAUUGACUUGUCAAAACACAAAAGUCCGAAUGAUCCAAACGAAGCCUAUUGUAAAAUUUGUGACCAAUCUUUAAGGAGUCAUCUUACGGAUCUUCAAAAGCAUGCACGCUCAAAAAAACACAAAGAGAAUUCUACAAUGCUCGACAAAACAAAAUAUAAAUCUUUGAUGAGCCACGGUUAUCAGGUUUCAAUAACUGCCGAGCAGAAAAUCAUGCAGAUGAAACUAGCGACAUACAUAACAAUGCAUUCAUCUAUUUGCUCGAUUGAUCAUCUAGGCGAGCUUCUAUAAAUUUUAGGAAAGGUUAAAUAUCUGGCAACCCUGACCGAGUUAUCGAGAAACCAUUGUCAAGCCGAAUCCAACUACCAAUGGAGUCCUUCGACGAAAUCGUGGAGAAGCAGAAUCAGCUGAUCACCUCCAUGUCGAAGGCAACCACCAACUUUAAGAAGCUGGGUCAAGCUAGGAUGACCCAUGCGACCACCAUGAGCCGAAUUGAACGAGUGAAGGAGCUGUUCCGAGAAAUCAGACUGCUGGACGCCAAGCUGCGAUUCCUGUCCGAUGCAAAAUCCUUGCUGGAACAUCCAUACUUCAAGGACAACCUAUUUGAACGCUGUGAGGAGAUCAAAGACGCAACCAUCGACUACAUGACCGAAGUCGCCGCGCAGACUUCCCAGAACGCCAGCCUCGAUACAUCUCAAGCAAGUACCGAUCACAUCGUGACGCGCCCGAUCUCGCGCUUACCGCGCAUCGAUUUACCAAAGUUCGAUGGGUCGUUCGAACGAUGGGAAACCUUUCGCGAUCGGUUCAAAUCAAUGAUUAUUAACAAUCCGAACUUAACCAAUGUCGACCGACUGCACUAUCUGAGUGCGAGUGUUACCGGGUCAGCUGGCGAUGCAAUAAGUCAGUUGACCGUGACCGAUGCAAAUUUCCAAGUCGCUUGGCAAAUCUUGUCGGCGCGAUAUGAAAAUAUACGUCGGCUCGUUAAUUCUCAUUUAGAAGCGCUCUUAUCGUUACCGAUCGUUGUACAAGAAACCGCGAAGGACUUGCAAACAUUACGAGAUACCGCUAAUAUGUCGAUACAAGCGUUGAAAAAGCUUGGUCGUCCGGUAGAAACCUGGGAUGACAUUCUAAUACACCUUGUAUCUCAAAAACUUGAUAAAGCUUCGCGGAAAGCAUGGGAAUUAAAAUUAAGCGAGUCCCAAGAGUUACCGUCGUAUACCGAACUCAACGAGUUUUUGGACAAUCGCGUCCGUGCCUUCGAAGUUAUAUCGCCAUUCAAACAAAGCAGCGCAACGAAACCAACCGCGUCGAAAUCCAAAGCAACUAAAUCUAUUUCCUCACAUUCGACGGCGGUGAAAUUCGAAUGCGUAAUUUGUAAAGGACAACAUCCUCUGUUUAAAUGCGUCCAAUUCUUAUCGUACACGCCCGAACGUCGAUUCGAAUUUAUUAAAACUAGUAAACGCUGUUAUAACUGUCUCGCCGCGAAUCAUACGUUACGGGAUUGCAAAAACGAAUACCGGUGUCGAGAGUGUCAACAAAAACAUCACUCGCUUCUUCAUACCUCGAAGUCAGCAGGGUUACCGUGCGACGAAUCUUCCAGUUCGAACGAGACAACCAAGACAAAUCAGAACGACGAUGCUGAAGGACGAUACGUCGUACGUCUUCCGUUCCGAACCGGGCCCCCAAUAAAGCUCGGCGACUCCCGAGCUAUCGCUUUAUCGAACUUGCACCGCGUGGAGCGACAGCUUCAACGUACUCCUGCUACCGCCGCGGAAUAUUCCGCGUUCCUAGAAGAAUACCAGAAACUCGGUCACAUGGAGAAGAUCGGUCGGUAUCAAUGCAUUCUUUGGCGAUCGUCCCCGUCGGCUCCCGUCGAAGAGUUCCGACUCCUUACAGUCACGUACGGCACUGCCGCCGCACCGUUCCUCGCGCUCCGCGUCUUACAGCAGUUAGCUUUGGAUGAGGGAGCUCCUUUCCCUCUUGCCGUACCCGUCAUACAACGACAAACCUAUGUCGAUGACUGUAUUUUCGGAGCGGAUGAUCUCGAAUCCGCACAGCAAACUCGUAAUCAAUUAAUUUCGCUCCUCUCUAAAGGUGGAUUCCGUUUGCGCAAAUGGGCGAGCAAUUGCCCCGCGCUCCUUAACGAUCUCGAUCCGUCAGACCAUGGUCUUGCUGGCCGCAAAGAACUUCCAAUCGCCAAAACAAAACGCGAGAUCCUAUCGAUAAUUUCAAAAUUCUUUGAUCCGCUGGGCUGGGUUGCUCCCGUCACAGUCACCGCCAAGAUAUUCCUACAACGCUUAUGGUCGAUUAAAUGCUCAUGGGAUGCCGACAUCCCUGCGGAGAUUUUUAAGGAAUGGGAGAAAUUUCAAACUAAGUUACCGCUUCUCGAACAAAUAAGUAUUCCGCGUUGGACUCAUUAUCAUCCUAGUUGUAACAAAAUCGAGCUUCAUGGGUUCUCAGACGCUUCUACGAAAGCAUAUGCGGCAUCCCUCUAUUUACGAGUUAUCUCGUCUGACGGAAGCAUUACCAAUACGUUGUUAAUGGCCAAAUCGAAAGUUGCACCCCUUAAAAUCCUGAGCGUUCCUCGCCUGGAGCUUUGUGCAGCGCUGCUCUUAGCUCAACUUAUGACCUUUGUCCGUUCCAUUUUCUUAGUCAACAAAAUCGAUUAUUGGUGCUGGACGGACUCAAUGAUCGUCCUCGCCUGGUUAAAGCAACCGCCGUCGCGAUGGAAAACCUUCGUCGCGAACCGAGUUUCCAAAAUCCAACGGUUACUUCCCGAAGGAAAAUGGAACCACGUUCCUACCCACGAUAAUCCUGCCGAUUGCGCAUCCCGUGGAAUGGAUCCCGACAACCUCCGCGAUCACACUCUAUGGUGGACCGGCCCUCCGUGGUUGCAAGCUAACGACGAUAAAUGGUCAGAGUUACCGAAUUUCGAAACUCCAGUGCUACCGAAAGACGUUGAUACCGAGCGACGCGCUUCAAUCACUCUAUGCGCGACUUGUGCAUCAAGUUCAUGGGAUCUACAGUCUCGAUUCUCUUCAUGGACUAAAUUACUUCGAGUUACCGCCUAUAUCUUCCGAUACAUUCAAAACCUGAAAACUAAGCGCGAGAAAACAAACAAUCCUCACAUUGCUACCAAGCGAAAUUUAUAUGCCCUCCAUCCUCACGAAAUACAAAUUGCCAAAAUCCUUUGGAUCAAACAGAUUCAAACUCAGCUGUUUAACAAAGAACUCGCAAGCCUUUACAAAAACCAAGUCGUGCCUAAAUCCAGCUCGUUGGCGUCGCUCUCUCCCUAUUUAGAUUCCAACGGAUUAAUCCGUGUCCAAGGAUGGUUAGGCAAGUCACGCCUUCCCGAGGACACCAAACAUCCAAUCAUUUUAAAAUCACAUCCUUUAGUCAAUACACUAAUCACUCAUACUCAUGUUCACGCACUUCACGCUGGUCCUCAGCUUACGCUUGCAAUUUUACGACAGAAUUACUGGCUGCUCCGCGCCAGAGCUACGGUGCGUUCCGUGCUCUAUCGUUGUAUUACUUGCACGCGACAAAACGCUCGCGUUCCCGAGCAAUUUAUGGGCGAACUUCCAGACUUUCGUGUCAAUCCAAAUUCACGAGCCUUCGUACAUACCGGUGUCGAUUACGCGGGGGAGAGUUUUAGCGUCCUCGAAUUAGCGGAGCAACGAUUGUCUCGUUGGCAACUCGUUCAACAAAUUAGCGAACGCGUCUGGAAAGCGUGGAAAGAUACGUACCUCCACACCUUGCAACAACGCCCGAAAUGGCGAUCCGUUCAAAAUUUAGCUACCCAAGGUCGUAUGGUCUUGAUCCGCGAUCCAUUGGCGCCCCCAAGUCAUUGGAAGCUUGGGCGAAUUGCACAAUGCCAUCCAGGCAGCGAUAAUCUGACUCGCGUUGUUACCGUCAAAACCGCCGAUUCCGAAUAUAAGCGCCCGAUUACGAAAAUCUGUUUUCUUCCGGUCGACAUCAAUCUCGAUCAAGAACAGUCUGCCAUGAUUUGUUACAUGAGUCAAAUAAUUGGACCUAAGGAUAAUACUAAGGAAGCAACGUAUAAAAUACUGAAGAAAGUUAUUUCAAAUACAUUAGCAUCUGAAUUUACUUUGAAAGGUGCUACAAAUCUGUCAAAAAAAUGUUUCGAAAAACUGACGCUAUACGAAGUUGUUCAAGGUGCCAUUGUGAAUAAAAGACCAGAUACAGAAAUUCAAGAAAUUGCUACAGCAACUUCGUUAUGGCUAAAGCAAGCCCCAUGGUGUCUCCAGGAUGACGGCAGUAUGGGGAAAAGAAAAAAAUAG